GAAUCCUAUCACGCCGGACGCGCCGCAGCCCGCAGCCGCGAAACCACAUCCCCGCACACGGCACGCCUCGGCCUCGCAACCCAACCCAAGCGGAUAGCAUUGCGUCGAACAGUUGCAAUGGCCACCACCACCACCACGGCGACAGCGUCCCUCACCACCCUGUCCCCCGCCGGCGUCGGCAAGCGGUUCGUCCUCUCGUCCCCGCCCCUCUCAUUCUCCUCUCACCGCCUGACCGCCGGCCUCCGCCACCGCCACCGCGGCGGCGCGGCGUCGAGGACGGCGAGGAGGCGGGCGGCGUCGGCGUCCCCGGUGGUGGCGACCAUCGCGGUGGGCGACAAGCUCCCCGACGCGACGCUGUCCUACUUCGACCCGUCCGACGGGGAGCUGAAGACGGUGACGGUGGCGGAGCUGACGGCGGGCAAGAAGGCCAUCCUCUUCGCGGUGCCCGGCGCGUUCACGCCCACGUGCUCGCAGAAGCACCUGCCGGGGUUCGUGGAGAAGGCCGGCGAGCUCAAGGCCAAGGGCGUGGAGACCGUGGCGUGCGUGUCGGUGAACGACGCGUUCGUGAUGAAGGCGUGGAAGGAGGCGCUGGGGCUCGGCGAGGAUGUGACGUUGCUGUCGGACGGCAACCUGGAGCUGACACGCGCGCUGGGCGUCGAGAUGGACCUCUCCGAUAAGCCCGUCGGGCUCGGCGUCCGGUCCAGGAGGUACGCGCUCCUGGCCGAGGACGGCGUCGUCAAGGUGCUCAACCUCGAGGACGGCGGCGCCUUCACCACCAGCAGCGCCGAGGAGAUGCUCAAGGUGCUCGGCUGAGAUUUCAGCAAUUGAGCUGCUUGACUGCCGUGCCGCGUCGAUCGUCUGCUCGUUGUGGUCGUGCCGCCGGUGCAGUUGCAGCAGUAGUGAAUAAUAAUAGUUGCGGGAGCCGUGCUGCAUUCUGCACUUCUCCUGCGACAGAAACCUAUCGUCGUUGAUGUGAAGAGGAGUUGUUUUGUUGGACGUUUUUUUGCCAUGCCCGUGUAGCUAUGUGUUCGAUGAUGAAACAAAAAAAAAAGUGAAAUGUCAGUUGAGACUUGAGAGUUG